AUGAUCUAUCCCUCUGCGUCGGUCCCCGCGACGGUGUCGCGCGCAAGGCAUUGUAUCUGCUUUGCGCCCCACGCGUUGACUGCGCUUGGCAACGUUGCGCCCGUGGUGGCGCUCGCCCAACUCGUCUCUGAUCCUGCCAUUGUUGGUGAGGCGGGUGACAGCAGCUCCUUUGCAAUGCUUUUUAACGGCGUGGCGGCGUUGGCGAACGCGCUGGGCAAGGUCCUCACGGCACCACUGGUCGACGCGGCUGGGGCGCCCUAUCUGAUAGCCGCAAUCCUGGCCAUGGCGGUGUCGCUGGCGGCCUUUGCUCUCGCUCCGUCGGAGGUGGCACUACUCGCGUGCUGGGCCAGCUGCAACAUCUGCCUGUCGGGCUCUUGGGCCGCAGAGUCGAAGGCGAUCGAGGCCACAUACCACAGGGAGCGCUGGCCCAUCGCCUUCGGCCUCCUGACCAACACCUCCCUACUGAUUAGAAUCGGUGCUCGCGUGGGCCUCGGCGCACUGCUGUCGGCUGUUUCGUGGCGGGUGAUGUGCAUUAGCGUCGCCCUGACUCUGGGCGCAGCGGUGUUCAUCAUCGUCCCGCUAUUUGCGGCGGGUCAACUCAAAUCAGGUCGCACCCAGCGCAAUGGUGGACCAUGCUCACCGUCGGGGGUUGAACUUUGCUUGGAUCCGCCCAUCGUGCUCUACGCGGUGGCGAUGGCUGGUGCCACUUGCGUCCAGAGGAUGGAGAACCUGGUGGCCGUCGUGCUCGUCCAAUGCGCGCACCUCUCCGCGAGCGAUGCUGCCAUGCAGAGUGCGCUCUUCCAUGUGGCAGUGUUUGCAACCAUCUCAAUUGUCACGCCGUUCUACUCCGGCCUGGGUGUGCGCAGCAAGGCGGUGCUCAUGAUCGGUCUCAACGCGCUGGGGUGUGCCUGCAUCGUCUGCCUCGUGCACCUGACCUCGGCUAGCAGCCAGGCCCUCCACAACAGCAGGGCGUGGUAUGCCCUCGCGCUGAACGGCCUCCUCGCUGCCGCGGGCUCGUGCUUCGCCCUGCUGUACUACGUGAGCGUUUCGGUGUUUUCGCUGUCCCAUGGCGACGCCUCCGCACGCGUCCUUGCGCUGCUGAAUGCCGCCGGCCAGGCAGGUGGCUUCCUGUUUCAGGUAGGGGCGGCAUACCUGUUCAGCAUUGGCUACGGCUGGAGCGAGGUCCUUGGCGGUCUCGCGGGCUGCGCCACCCUCGCCACACUCUGCACAGCACUUGCCGAGAUGUCAGCUGAGAGGUGA